AUGUCGGACGUUCCCGGCUCGAAACGUGCGGCGGGCAGGGACGAAGAUUCCGCGGGGACCCCCGAGGGAGGCGGGGCGGGGUCCGCACCGACCAAGCGCCCCCGCACCAUCGCCGAGUACGGAGGUGCGUCAUCAUCCAGCAGCGGCGGGGCAGAGGGAGGGGGCUCCGCGGCCUCGCCCGACGACCUGCAAGGAACGGGGCCAAGGACGAUCGUGACCUUCAACCUAAACGGAGCUAGUCCACGGCUGGCCAAGAACUGGAACGAGAUCAAAGGCUUUCUGGAGGAGCACAAGCCGGACUUGGUCUGCUUCCAGGAGGUCCGCCUGCCGGCGAAAGGUGUGCCCAAGGCUAAGAAGGAGGACGACACCGGGCGGAAACGAUGGCAGCUGAAGGAUGACACCGCGGCGGACAGGAAGGAUAUCGCUCUGGUGGACAGGACGCUCAGAGCGCUGGCCCGGCGGCUGGGCUAUCGUCUGGUGAUGAGCCUGGCCAACUCCAAGUACGCCGGCACGGCCGCCCUCAUCAGCACUUGGGGGGCGGUUUUCGCCAUCACUCCUGUUACGAUAGCCUUCGCGGGAAGGUUAGGGUUGUCGGCGCUGGACCUUCCGGAACCCCUCGGUAAGCUGUUCAAGGAGCACGACCGCGAGGGUCGUGUGAUCGCCAUCGAGUACCCGUCCGUGACCGUGCUCGCUCUCUACGUGCCCAACAACGGCAGCAAGGCGGAGAGCUUCCAGCGCAGGCGGCGGUGGGACGACGAGCUCUGCGGGUUUGUGGACAAGUACAGCGGGAAGCUGAUAAUCACCGGGGACCUCAACGUUGCGCAUGAAGACGCUGACCUUACGCACGCCUCAUUCUUCAAGGGCAUGUUCCCCGCUGCCAACCCGGAGGACAGCGGACAGCCUGGCUGCACCCCGGCCGAGAAACGGCGACACUCACGCCUCCUCGCGAGCGGCGGCGGUCUGGUGGACGCCUACCGGCGCUUGAACCCGGUGCCGGCCGCGGGUGCCGGGGGCGCCAGGACGGAAAUGGAGGGUAUGACCUGGAGGGGCACAGCGGGGAACCAGGUCGCCGCGAUGGGGCGGUACUACGGCAAGGGCAUGCGGAUCGACUACUUCCUCCUGUCGACGGCACUUGCCCCGCGCAUCAAGGAGGUGAAGGUGUUCGGCAGCGGAGCCGACCGUGACGGUUUCCUGGGGUCUGACCACUGCCCCCUCAUGCUCACGCUGCUGCCGUAG